UUGCAUCCUAUUUUCGUAGCUCGACUACCCCACGCUGGUUGUGACGCACAAUAUUCGGUCACCGCGAGAGGAUGCCGCUAAACCCCAUUCUGCGACCGAGGCCGCCUCACUGCGUCUGUUCAGCCCGAUAGCCUGCACGACGUACCAGACAAGACAGCUCCAACAACUUGGUCUCAAUGCUACCCCGUAGAUUUCUGUAUCAAGACGUCAGUUUCUCAACUGUGAAAUUGUUCACGCACUUAACUUCAUCCUUUUGAACCGAUCGUUUCCGUCCCCCGCGUCGUGAUUUAUGUCGUCUCGGUGAGCGCGGACGGCGCCGAGCAAGGUUGCGAUGUUCAUGAUACAGCGCAUCUCGCCACUCUGCAUUUUGUGUCAAUUUUUAUCGUGCCUAAUGACAUUUUGAGGCCACUCCGGUCAACCCGAGAUCUUCUAGCGAUGGGAGAUAAUCAGCCAUAUGUCACGAUUCGGACAAGGAGGCCUACGGAUGGCAUGAGCAUUGGGAGCAGUGGUGAUUCUACCGUACGUGGACGAGUGAAUGCCCAGGAAGGAGGACGCCUACUCACAUCAUCUCACCAGUAUGGGUCAAGCGCCGGAGAUGACAGGACUCCGGCGACUACCCAUGAUAUCAGCCGUGUCAACUACCAUGUCAAACAUAUAUCUGACUUUGCAAAGUCCCUUGAAGAUUCCGCUGCACGGGCGUUCCCAAACCGCGGGCUAUCCCAGAGGUAUAAGAAAGUCCAGGCACUUCUCCUACAUUGGACAUCUGACGAUCUCUUCGUGCUCCCGGAGCUAGAGGACCUAGAGCGGUGCUUUCGAGAAGAGUACAGUUGGAACACCGAUACUUUUCCCAUACCUUCUGACAACUCGCAUUUGGAGUUGAUGAUGAAGAUCGGCCAGAUGGUCAAAGAGCAUGAGUCUACCGAUACCCUGUUUGUCAUUUACUACGGUGGCCAUGCAAGAAUAGACGAAUCCAGACAAAGUACCUGGUGCGGGAAUCGAGGCUCAGAUUCGCCCUGGCUGCAGUGGUCAGCAAUUCAAACUUUACUUGAACGUUCACUUUCUGACGUUCUCAUUCUCCUUGACUGUUGUGCUGGAGCAGCAAGUGCCACGUUCCCCAACGGUAAUAGCAUUACUGAAACUAUUUCGGCGAGCAGCUGGGAUGCCAUUGCGCCUGAUCCUGGGAGGUACUCUUUCACAAGCGCUGUGAUAGAAGUCCUGCAAGAGUGGAAGCACCGGACAUACUCUGCUGCAAUGUUGCACGCAGAAAUCCUAGCUCGACUGAAGCAUCCGAGGCCUAUCAUGCAUAAUGGUCGAAAUUUCGAGGCCCGGUCAACUCCAGUACAUUUUAUGAUGACAAACAACCACAAGGCGCCCAGUAUCGAGAUGGCGCGGAUCUUGUCAGAAGACAGGAUACCCCCAUCACCGCCCGCAGAACCAGAAAACGAGCCUCAAGCUAUGACUGGCAGAUCCGGGGUUCCUCAGGACGCCGUGGCUUCCGAGCCGAAUGAAGACGUCCCUCAUGUCAUGAUAUCGUUGGCACUAGAAGAGAACCAAGCACUUGAUGUCAAUGCAUGGGAAAGCUGGCUGGCGGCGUUUCCAGCAAUUGCGAAGUACGUCAAGGUACAGGGAGUGUUCAAAAGCCACUCAACACUCCUACUUCUAUCUUUGCCAGUCAUGGUUUGGGAUCUAUUGCCCAACGAUCUCGCGUGCAACUUUAUUGGUUUCAUCCGAUCAAAUAAUUUAGCCGCUCAGAGCAAAGGCGAGCCAUCAAGUCACCAGCUUGCAAUACCGACAGGUGCGGAGGAAGAAGCAAUGUCAAUCCUGUCAGGCACAACAGCAACGACUUUUUCUGGUACAUUUUCGUCAUCAGCAACACAAGCGAGAGAAAGCCGAGCACCUGGUCCGUCUAUUGAGGGCUUCAGCCGGCGCAGGACUGCGCCAGCGUCGGAAAUUACUACAGCCACCUCUAGUGAAAGCAUAUCCAAUCAGAUGAUAAUGAACCAAUCCAAGGAUUCGAGAAGAACCAUAUCGACUUCAAGCCGUAGGGCUCGUACCCGGCCUGAUCUGGCCCCGCAUGUACAAUCUCGUCUGGAAUUAUACUUUCAAGACAAUCCCUCACCAACCGUUGGAAUAACGGAAUUUCUCGCAUCCAACCUGGGUGUCGAGACUACUGACAUUAAUCUAUGGUUCCUGCAUCGCCGAGAGCAGCAGCAAGUGGACAAUAAAUUGCGAAACCUACCCAUUGCCGACCAACGUCCAGAGCCACCAAGGGAGGGUGCUCGAAUGAUCCUACCAGGUCACCUCAACAACUUGUUAGAGAUUGUAUCUCCCGACCAGAUCCUCCUUGUCGAUAUGCGCGCAAAGGUAGAAUAUGACAGGUCUCACAUACAUGGUUCCAUCAACUUCAGGGCACCGGCCUCAUUCGUCCAAAGAGCCCCGCUAGAAAUAAUUGAGAAAACAUUGACAGAUGAGGCCAGUCGAGAAACUUUCAAUGGUUGGUAUACCUGCAAAUGCAUUAUCUUCUACGAUCGGCACGUGGAAUAUGCAUGGGAAAGUCCAACCGCCGAGGCUUUGAUUCAGAAGUUCCGCAGCAAGAGAUGGUCUGGCCAGGGCUUCAUCUUGAAAGGCCACUACCGCGAGUUCUCAGAUUCCUUUGACAAGUACAUCGACGGUCAGAGGAUAUCUGGCAGUGCCAAGAAGUAUUUGGAGAGCCUGCAAGAAAAGUCGGCCCAAAAGAAGAAGGAAAACCAAGAGGAGUACGAGGACUGGCUAAAGCUACUCGAGGGUGAAGAUCGUGCGCUACCAACAGAACUGGCACCCGCAGUGAAGACAGAGCGUGCAGAAGCAGCAGAGAAUCACCAGAAAGACCUUGAGAUCGAACUGGAACGACGGUUGCCUCACCUAUACCGCAAGGUCCUUGAGCUCAAGCCCGACGACAACUGGAACAUCAAAGCCCCGAUUGUCGAGCACCUGUCAAGGGGCCUGGAAAAGAUGCACCACACCGGAAGGGGUGGUGUAGGUGGCUCGAGGCAGUCGGGCUAUGCGGACAAACUCCAGCAGGACAGGUAUAGAGGCGACGUCCGCGAUGUUGCGGACUCGGAUGACGACUCGCAGGGUAGGGACGGUGCGAACCAAAAGACAGGCGCCAAGUCGCCGCCGGAGGACAGCUCUGGAACAGGCGGUGCCGAUUCCAAGAAGGGUCGAGGACGCAAUGUCCUCAGGAACAUCCUGAGGAGCGGGAGGUGAUCCCGCACGCAUAAAAGGUCGAAGCUUGUCGCUGUCAAACGAAUGUUUACUGAGCUUGGGACAAUCUGGGCCGCCUUGAGGCUCCAGAUUAGUUCUCUGGGGCUUGGCUUGACGCUUUUU